UUUUCAAUUCAAAAUUCCAAAUUCCCUUUGCGCCUCCUCCCAUCAUCAUCAUCACCACCACCCUCCAAAAAAGCACCAAAACCUUUUACCCCGUGAUGUCCGCCACGUGUUCCCUUACUUUUCCCUCCUAUUUCUCUCCUUUCCCUUUCCUCACUUCCACUAUACCCACUUCAUUUUCUCUCUCAACUUUCCUCCACUUUCUCUCUCCUCUUCUAAAAUGGCGAUGAGAGAAGUUUCUUCUUUAAUGGUGAUUAUUGUUGCUGCGGCGAUCAUCGUGGAAGCGAAGACUGCACCAGCACCUGUAGAUUGUACGACUGUGGUGUUGAGCAUGUCGGACUGUUUGUCGUAUGUAACAAAUGGUAGUACGACGGAGAAACCGGAGGGAAAUUGUUGCUCUGGAUUGAAAUCUGUUCUUAAGACUAAUGCUGAAUGUCUUUGUGAAGCGUUUAAGAGUAGUAGUCAAUUUGGUAUUGUAUUGAAUAAUACUAAGGCUCUUGCUCUUCCUGCUGCUUGUGGUGUUCAUGCUUCUUCUGCUGCUAAAUGUGGAUUAUCUCUUUCUCCAACGGGCGCUCCUUCUCCAGUUGCAGGCAGCGUUAGUUUAUCUCCAGUGGGUGCUCCAUCAGGCUCUGUGAUUGCAGGCGCUCCGGGACUCGGAGGAAGUGAAGUGUCACCUGCACUGGCUCCUACUGGGAAAAAUGGGUCACCUUCAACCAUUGCCAUAUCAAUGCAGUUAAUUGUUGUUGGUUUAGUGGCUGCUUUAUACACUAGUUUUUGUGGUUAAAUGACUCGAGAUAGAGUAUUUCGAAUUUGGAUGGUGUUUUGUUUGGUAAUAUAUUUGUUUUUGACCUUUUUCUGAGGGUUCGAAAUCGGAUUUGGUUUCAGGAAUAUUUAUUUGUUACUCACAUCAGAUGUGUUAGUGUUUUGCUUGCAAUUUACUCGUGAUGAUCGAUGUAUUGUAUUUUUGAGAUAAGUGGAUUAGUGAUAUUAUUACUUUGUUAAAAAGCAUAAUUUCAUUA